CAUCAACCCACAGCACGCACGGCACGCUCGAGCUCUUUUACACACAGUCACCACAAUAUUCGUCCACGCUGAGCAUCUUCACAUUCCUUGGGCAUUUACUUCAUCCACCACAGGCUAUCAAACAUUCCUUGAGCCUUUGCUUCAUCAACCACGACCAAACCCUCCUUGACAUUCUGCUUCAUCCGCCACGAUCAACCUUCCCGAUCCUUUGCUUCGUCCACGACGAACUUUCAAAUAUUCCCAAGACUUUGCCCCGUCCACAGCGAGCCUUCAAGCCUUCCUCGAGCUUCACCACUAACGAGCAGUCCAUUCGUGUUCGAAAUGUCAACAGACAAAAUGGUGUCGCCAGCCGGCGUCUGCUGGACGUUGGCAGACGACUUUUCCCUAUGGUGGGCAGAGGGGGAGGUAGUUACGGGAAAGGAGAAGGGAGUGGGACCGGUGACACCGAUUUUACCUGAACCGACGGCUGGGGCGGCACCGACUCCUGGUCCGAUGGAGCAGGUGACAUGCCCCUCCCUGGUGGAGGAGGCCUCCCAAGCCGCCGUCACCGCGCAAACUUCCGGUUCGUCGAGAGCUUCCGGUUCGUCGCUUUUCUCGAUCCGCCCAUCUCCCAAGGGUGGCAUGGGUGCUUUCGCACUCUGGGACAUUCCGGAGUCCACCGUCAUCAUGAAAGAGCUGGCUCUAUUUCUGGCGACGGAUGGCAAGGGACACUUGGCAGAGGAAUUAGAGAAACUCAGCGCGGAGGAAAGAACGGAGUUUUCAAAACUCGCGUGUUACGAGCUGCUGGACCGAGACCGGGACAUUGCCAUCUUCAAGACGAAUCGAUUCCGAGCCGGAUCUUCAUCUGGCAUCUUCCUGGUCGCGUCGCGCUUUAAUCACUCAUGCAACCCGGUAAUUCGCUACAGCUACGACAACAGCAACCGCGAGCUGAUCUUUGCGACGAAACGCGACGUCAAAGAAGGCGAAGAGCUCACGAUCAUGUACACGCCCAACUCGCAACACCUCAGCAUGGAUUACGGCUUCCUUUGUGACUGCGGGGUGUGUGAUCCACCUCUCAAGGUGCCGGUGUACUAUGAUCGAUGGGCAGACAAAGUGCCACACGAAACCGACGACUGGUGAAGGGUGGAGCGGUGGGUGGGAAGGGUGCUGAGCGAUGGAGAUUCUUGGGAAGUGGAAACGUUGGCCGUUAGGAAUGAUCGAGAGGUCAGGAGGAUGUGCAAACGAGAUGGUUUUACUUGGAGGCGGGAGGAGUGACUAAGAGGUCAGGAGGAAGUGCAAACAAAAGGUUUUACUCGGAGGUGAAGUUUUGUGAUGGAAGGGCGCGCGAUGGGGGUUGGUAAAUGUGUACAAUAGUGAGCACAUAGAAAUUUCGCGAUCAAUCGAAGCUUUUUUUCUUUCUUGAA